GUUUGGAGGUCUCGCUGAAAUAACUUUUCUCCAACUAGUUUCAUACACAUAUAUGUAUUUUUUCCACUGUAGGAGGCUUUUAGUUUAAAGUCUGCCUCGGAAAUCAGUGUUCGCCUGCGUGUUUUCCCCGGCUGUGAUUUCUCCAGCUCACUUUUUUUUUCCUGCAGGAAUACAGAGAGAGACAGAGAGGGGGAAAACGGUCUGGCUGCUUGAAGAUUUUGUUUCGACACCGAACUUUUGGCGACAUGGACGCGCACCGCGGCGCGCCUCCGGCCGGGCAGCAGAUCGUGCACGUCCGCGGGGACUCGCAGACGGAGCUGGAGGCCCUCUUCAGUGCGGUGAUGAACCCCAGCAAGGCGACCAGACAGCCGGCCUCUCUGCCCAUGAGGAUGAGGAAACUGCCGGACUCCUUCUUCAGGCAGCCGGACCCCCGCGGCCACUCCAGACAAGCCAGUUCGGAUGGAGGCGUGUGCGGCUCCCUCACUCCUCAUCACGUCCGCGCCCAUUCCUCCCCUGCCUCCCUCCCAGUCAACUCCCUCUCCACUCAAGCAACAGAUGUAGCAGCGCCACAGAUCAUACCUGACGACGUGCCACUCCCCCACGGUUGGGAAAUGGCCAAAACGCCUGCUGGCCAACGAUACUUCCUGAAUCACCUGGAUAAGACAACCACUUGGCACGACCCUCGUCUCUCGCAGCUGCAGUCGGCUGCAGCUCAGCAUCCUAUCUCUGGCACUCCGGUCCAUGCCCACUCCCUCAGCAACCCAGCACCCACUACGCAACCACAAAACAUCAACCCAGAGACAGCACAGAAGAUGAACCCGGGCAUCCUUGGUUUGGCAUUGCAGCAAAGGCAGGAAAAAGAAAGGCUCAGAUGCAAAGGCCUCCCUCCCCAAAUCACACCACAGGAGGCAGGAGGAAGAAACCAGAUGACCGGUGGGAUGGACCAUGACAGGAACGCACCGACGCUUGUCCCGUCUCUGGAUGUCAGGAUCAGAUCCUCCAACCACGAACCUACACUUAAUGGCGCUCACUCUCGCAAUGAGAGCACCGACAGUGGUCUGAGUGUCAGCAGCUUACCCCGCACGUCGGACCACAUGUUGAGCUCUGUGGAUCACAUGGACACUGGUGACUCUGGCGACAACUCCUCGAUGACCUUACAGGAGUCGAUGCCUGUGCUCCCGAUGUCUGAGGGCGAGGAGCUAAUGCCCUGCAUCCCCGAGGGUCUCAGUUCGGACCUUCUGAUGGACAUGGAGACGGUUCUCUCUGGGUCGCAUAUGGACAGAGACAGCCUGCUCACCUGGCUAUAGACACACCCAGCCACCGCCUAAAUAUGGUUUGACAUCAGAUCUUCAUGACGUGACUGAGAAUUUUGGAGGAUUUUUUUCUUUUUUCUUUUUUCUUUUUUUUUGCUUCAAAAGUGGUACCGAACAUCAUUACUGAGAGAAUACGCUACUGUUGAGUGAUGGAUACCUAACACUACUCACACCCUGAGGAAUAUAUAAAAACCUGACUCUCACAGAAGGUGGUAAGCUGCUGAUAUUCUCCUCCUUUUGGGCCUGGUCUUACAGAGAUGCAUUGAUGGUCUGAUCUGUAUUUUUAUGACACAUUCAUUUUUAGUCAUCAACCUCAGAUGAUGCUCCCCACGUCUCUGGUAAAGUACGUCAGAGUUAAUUUUAGAGUACAGAUUGUUUUUUUUGCUAUCCCCACUUGGGUAAUACUGUUUGCAGCAAUCUUUUAAAAACACAGAGCCAAGUCAUAAUAGUCUACAUGUAACAGUUAAAGAAACACAAAGAAGACAUGUUAAAAUAAACUAAAAGAUGCACAAAACAUAUUGAACUGUAACAAAAUAAUAUCAUAUCCACAUUUAUCUCUGUUACUUCAUGUAGCCUCUGGGACAAAAUGGCAACAUCUACAGUAGUUCUACUACCUCUGAGCAGCCUGUAAUUUUUCAUUUUAACGCACAUGCUCACAGUUGUCCAAAGCAUGCUCUGAAGAAGCAUCGGCACUGCCAGAAAGAGAUGACUCAAAGAAUUUAUAUCGAUUAACGCUACAUUGGUUCAGUAAAACCAAAAUUCAUGCUACUUUUGCAACACAGAAACAUCAGGGAGAGGAGGAGGCACCCUUUUGGUGAGUCAGUAGAAGAUGAAGCAAACUCCCAUUUACUUUCAAACUUUAGAAAUGGUCAGUUAAAAUGCUCACAAACCAAAAAAUACAGAACAAAAACUUUAAUCAGAGUAACUUGUAAGUUUGUGUUGAAGAGUGUCGGGCUGCUCUGAACAUGGAUUGGAUCUUGCAAGGUUUUUCAAAAUAAAAUUCAUGAGGAUAAGCUUUAUCUUUAGUCACAGUAAAAAAAAAAAACCCUCUUCCUCAUUCCUAACAAAUCAAAGCCUGUCAAAACCACUUAGAGAGAAAUAAAGGCCCCUGUGCGGAGGAAUCUUAACUUGAGCUAACAGUAAAAUGUGUUUGUAGGGCCUCUCUUGACAGUAAGGACCACUGGAAUAUAUGGAGAAUGUCUACAGUAAAUGAACAUAUGGUCAGUAUAAUGCAAUCCAACACAAUGCAGUGUUUUCCUCAGGAUACAGUAAUCCUGACACAUCCAGUCUUGUGAUCAAUUUAGUCAGUAGAUGACGGCUUAAACGGUAUUCACACUCUUUAGAUACUUUAUAUGGCGUUUGCUGUGUGAAAUAGCACCUCUGCUCUUUUUACCUUGAACUUACAGUUUUAUUAUAUAAAAGUGGGUUCAAAGUCGCCCACGCCCGCUCUCAAACACGGCAGGAAAUCCUGCAACAGCCUUGCUAUAAAAUCACCUAUUUUGAAGUUACUAAUAUUCAGGGUUUGUUAAUGCUGUGUUUUUAGUGUUUUUAGUUGUAUUGGAUUGCAUUUUAUUGUAAAGUGGUCCAGUCAUUUUGUCUACUCCAGCAUUGAAUAUAAGCUUCACAAAGGUAGUAUUUAUUGCAGAUUUGUUUUAUUAGAUUACAUAAUAUUGUACAGCUGUAAUAAUAAUAUGUUCACCCCUUGUUAAAGAAGUGACGCCAUAUAAUUACCAUUAGGGUCGAGAUUUUUCAGUAAGUGAAAAAAAUUAAUUGAGUCAGCCAGCACCCCUCUGACUAUGAGAUUAAGCUGUUGUAUACCUUUCCCACUAAUAGUGUGAUGCAUUCCUAAUCAUUUUCUUCUUCACAUUUUUAAAAAUUGUCUAUUCAUUCAUCGGCAUCAUUGUUUUUUUUCUCCCACAGAAAGACACAAAACCAGUAACAGUUUCAGCCAUGUGUUUCAGUUUUAGCUCCUUACCUAAAACCACACUAUAACUCACAAAUGAUCUACACUUUGCUGACCAUUUUUGGAUGCAUGCACUGCUGAUU